AUUAACUCUUUAAAUCAAGCUGAUUUUGAUUUGUUUGAAUGAAAGCCUCCUUUUAAUGAAUGUGAUUACUAAGUAAUGAAGUGAUGUUUAAGAAAGCACUGUCAUGUCGUGGAUUCGAGAGCGGGAACUGUCCCUUUUAGAAAGGCUCACUGCCAACAUCCUGAAGGCAGGGCCUAUGCCCAAACAUGUGGCCUUUAUCAUGGAUGGUAAUAGGCGUUUUGCCGAAAAGACGCAUGUGGAGAGGCAGGAGGGACACUCGCAGGGCUUUGAGAAACUGGCAGAGACGCUUCGCUGGUGCCUAAACCUGGGCAUUCAUGAAGUGACUGUAUAUGCAUUCAGCAUUGAGAACUUCAAGCGCUCUAAAGAGGAGGUGGAUGGUCUGAUGGAGCUGGCCAGACAGAAGUUCAACCGCCUGCUGACGGAGCAGGAGAAUCUUGAGAAGCAUGGUGUGUGUAUUCGUGUGUUGGGAGAUUUGACUCUACUGCCUACAGACCUGCAGCAGCUCAUUGCCAAAUCUGUGGUGGCAACUAAAGCACACAACAAGUGUUUUCUGAACGUGUGCUUUGCAUAUACCUCAAGACAUGAAAUCGCAAAUGCAGUGAAGGAAAUGGCAUGGGGAGUAGAGCAGGGCCUGAUAAAAUCCAGUGACGUAUCUGAGGUGCUCCUCAGUGAGUGUCUGUAUAGCAGUAAUUCUCCAAACCCCGAUCUGCUCAUCCGUACGUCUGGAGAAGUGCGUCUUAGUGAUUUCCUACUGUGGCAGACCUCAUAUUCCUGUCUAGUGUUCCAGUCAGUCCUGUGGCCGGAAUAUUCUUUCUGGAAUCUAUGUGAAGCUGUUUUGCAAUACCAGCUGAGUUAUCGAUCUCUUCAGAAAGCUCGAGAUCUCCACAGAGAAGACCAAGCGCUUCAGCAGAUGGAAGCGGAUCGCUCCUGUGUGGCUGAGCUCCUGCAGCAUCGUGGGAAUGGAAAGCCCAUGGAUGCCCAGAGUCGACAGAAAGAACUAUUAAACUACACCGCCAGCCGAGAGGAGAGGGUUCGCUGCUUUCUCAACGCCCUUCAGCACAAGAGAGACACUUUCUUCAGUGAUUUAAGCAGCCAGGCUGUCGUGGCUUAGUACUGCACAUUUUUACUUACUGAUCUGUAAAUACUUUAGAUCUGGAUGGAUGUUUUACCCCGUUUUAUGGGGCAAUGGAUAUGUAUGCUUGAUAAUGAAAUAGAAAUGAUCUUAAAUCUUCAAAUAAAUUCACUUUGAUAGACAACAUGGGACUAGAAAUGCUUGUAAAUGCAACAGGCUAAAUCUGAUUGAUCUUACUCUUUUUUUUUUAUUAUUCUUAAUUGAUCAGCAAUCAGUGAGUCGCACAAAAAGCAUAUUACAAAUCAGGAUCACAACAAAAAAGCAGAUAGUAAUAAUUGUAACGACGAUAAUAAAAACAAAAAUCACAAAAACGCAUCAGAAGAAAAAAAUACAUGCAGAAUAUUCAUCAUAACACAUAAUGAAAGAAAACAAAAACAACCAGGUCCAAUUUACAUCAUAUUUAUAUAACUAAAUAAAUAGGGGUAUGUAGAUUUAUGAGAUUAUUGAUUGACCACAUGGGCUCUUUUUUAGACUAGAAAUGGCAGAGAAUACAAUAGGCUAAAUCUGAUUGAUCUCACUUUUACUUUUUCAGGAUUGUUUUUUUUUAAUCAUUCAAACUCAGAUUUAUGGACUGGUUUGACCAAUUCACUGAAAGCUCAAGAACAAUUAAUUUACAAAUCAAAUAUUACUGGCUUUUAAGCAAGUUUUGCCCAAUGCAAGAUCAUAUAGACAAGGAAAUAUUUUAAUGCAUGGCACAAAAAAAAUAAAAAAUAAUAAAUGCAUAUUCAGUCUAUAUUUUUUUUCAAUUGACUAAAUUUGUUAUAAAGGUGAAUUAUAGUAGCAGUCAAAAGUUUGGACACGCUUGACUGAAUUUGUUUCUCAUGAUCCUAAAAACAUGGUUUGUAUGUGAAAUUAUUAUUAUAGA